UGCAAAUGACAAUGGGUCACAAGUCGCAAACAUAAUUGCUUCUGUCUUACCACAAUGCCACAUUUUAAAAAAAACUGCUUGUAUUUUCUAAUUGCAUGGUGUUUACUGAAACCUAAAGUCAAGAAGCAUAAAACCAAGAAGCACAAAGUUCUGUUCAGAUUUUGUGGUUUGAGCUAUUCUGUAAAUACUGUUAAUAUUUUUAAGCUUUACCUUCCUAUUAGGAGCUAUUAGAAGCUGAAAUUCAGUCACAUACACAGAACAAUUAAACACUGGGACAAGUUGAAAUUUGUGGGGUUAAGCUCUACUGUGCUCACAUGAAAACCAACGGUGAGUCACAGAUGAGAGGAAAUUCGGGAUUCGGCAGUUAUGUGUGCUCUGCAAUGAAUGCAAUGAAUACACACCUUUUCAGUACAUAUCUGCAUACAUAUGUGCACAGAGUGUAGAUAUAUAAUACUAUACUACUAACCUUAACCCUUAACCUUUUUUUUGAUGACCAGCCAAAUAUUUCCCCACAAAGUCAAAAUGAUUAUUCCGAUCAUGAGGAAUACCCACACACACACACCAAUACAUAUACACACACAUGAACAACAAAUAAGUCAUAGCGAGUCAGUAUUGUGAAUAGUGCCCUCCAGUGUGUGUUGUGUCCUCAACAGCAUCAUCUACUCUGCCAACUUCAGAUUUGAAGGAAUAGAGGGAAAAGAAUUUAAAAGAGAGCGGAAAAAGCAUAAUUAGCCGCUAACUCGUCACCUAGGAUUCAAUGAAGCAGAAGGUAAUGACAAAUGAUUUGAUAUGAGGAUCGGAUCCUUGCUCCUCAUAAUGACAUGAGUACUCUAAACACAGUCCAGGUAGAGAGAAAAGAGAUUAGGAAGGAGGUCCCGGAGGAAAGGAGUUCUGAUACUGCAUAGUUCGAAACAGAACAGGAUGAAGAUGCUGUGAGGGACUGUUUCAUCCCUCAGGAAGCUCUGUCCAGCUGCAGUGUUGGAGAGACCAAGCAAAUCACAGCACAAUUAGGUGUGUGUUGGUGUUACCAUGGAAGUCCCUGCACUGGUCUUGAUGGUUUUGCUCCUGGUGUGUGAUCUGUUCCCCUCACUGGAAGGUAGCACUGGAGUUCAGGAGUUUGACAACAGUGAUGAAGGCCCAGAGCCUGGAUUCCUCUCAGGUUCACGCACCCGCCGGGCCCCAGAAGUCCCUGCCCAGGACAAGUGCUCUUAUACCUUCAUUGUUCCCCAGCAGAAGGUCACAGGUGCUAUCUGCGUCAAUUCAAAGGAGCCCGAGGCUGUACUGGAGAAUCGGGUGAAUAAGCAGGAGCUGGAACUUGUUAACACUGAGCUCCACAAGCAGAAGAGGCAGAUUGAGACUCUACAGCAGCUCGUGGAAGUGGAUGGUGGUAUUGUCAAUGAGGUGAAACUUUUGCGCAAAGAAUCACGCAACAUGAACUCUCGCGUCACGCAACUCUAUAUGCAGCUUCUCCAUGAGAUCAUCCGCAAGAGAGACAAUGCACUGGAGCUUUCUCAAUUGGAGAACAAGAUUCUGAACCAGACCUCAGAGUUGUUGCAGCUUUCCAACCGCUACAAAGAUCUGGAACAUAAGUACCAGCAUUUGUCAUCGCUGGCAAACAAUCAGUCAGCUCUCAUUGCUCUACUUGAGGUACAGUGUCAGAGGGGACCCCCAGUGGUGGCACCUAGACCACUGCCCCAACCCCAGCCACAGCCUCAACCUCAACCUAGGCCUUCUCCACCUAUUAACAAGCCAUACCAACCACAUAUGUUCAACCGCAACAACCAGAUAACCAAUGAGAUCCAGAGUGAUCAAAACCUCAAAGUGCCACCAGCUCCAUUGCCCACCAUGCCAAGUGGAACUCACAGCCCUUCUACAACCAACAGGCCAUCUGGCCCCUGGAAAGACUGUCUGCAGGCCCUGGAAGAUGGCCAUACUAACAGCGGUAUGUACCUAGUGAAGCCUGAGAAUACCAACAAGCUGAUGCAGGUAUGGUGUGACCAAAAACAGGACCCUGGAGGCUGGACAGUCAUCCAGAGACGCAUGGAUGGCUCGGUAAACUUCUUCAGGAACUGGGAGACAUACAAGCAAGGCUUUGGGAAUAUAGAUGGAGAGUACUGGCUAGGGCUGGAGAACAUUUACUGGUUGACCAAUCAGGCCACUUACAAGCUUCUGGUGACCCUGGAGGAUUGGGCUGGGCGCAAAACAUUUGCCGAAUAUGCCAGCUUCAGGCUGGAACCUGAGGCUGACUUCUACAAACUACGGGUGGGACGUUACCAUGGCAACGCCGGCGAUUCUCUCACCUGGCACAACGGCAAGCAGUUCACCACGCUGGACAGAGAUCAUGAUGCAUACACAGGUAACUGUGCUCACUAUCAGAAGGGAGGCUGGUGGUAUAACUCCUGUGCCCACUCCAACCUGAAUGGUGUGUGGUAUCGAGGUGGGCACUACCGCAGCCGCUACCAAGACGGAGUGUACUGGGCUGAAUUCAGAGGAGGAGCCUACUCCCUAAAGAAAGUGGUGAUGAUGAUCCGCCCCAACCCCAACACUUUUCACUGAACAGCAUACAAAUCAGAGGAAAAGACUGAAAACUAUCCCUCAACAUCCACACUCGUAUAUAUAGCCUACACAUACAGAAACGUCUAAGAUGUUUAUAUUUAUGGUAAAAGGCAACUUUGGGGUGAUAAAGGGGACAAGGGGCAGAAGAAUUCUCCCUAAAUUCUUGUCAUCAAGAAAACGUAUGGCCUUCAUAUUCCACUUGUCAUAACAGUUUCCGCUUUGUGGUCAUUUGGAGAAAUGAUUUGCAAUACAAUUUGUUUACCCAAAGAACAGAAAACACAGCUUGUCCUCACACAGACAUUAUAAUUGAACUUCUGCUCAUAUGGAAUAGAUUAAUCUAUUUUUGAGUGAUUAUAUCAAAUAUCUGAUAGCACAGCAAGGAAUUGGUGCUUCAAAAAACUACAUGUGGCAUGAGACACAGGAUGCACAAUCUGGUGGUAGACAAGUUAUGCUCUUUUAGUUUUUUGUAAAGCACAAAAGAAAAAAAAAUCCUGAUAAGUGGUUGAUUAUUUCAAUGAUUACAAAUCACUGGCCAAUUUCUUGAAAAUGUAAUCCUUGAAAAUCUGCAAUACCAGAAAGAAAUUGGGCAAACGGGUCAUAAGGAGUAUGGCUAGUAGCAGAUUGAUGCUUUGCCACUACCAGUAUAAAUCUGCUGGAAAAUGUCUGAAACUGUACAUUGGAAAUGUACUGAAAAGUCCUGAUAUAUUCAAUGAAUGCCAACUCACUGUUAUAUAUACUGCUGUUAGCAGUUAAAAAAAGCCAAAGGGAAAAGAAAAAAAAAAAUUCCAGUGGCCAGUUUGAGCAAGGCAGCUGAUCCUACCUAUAAAAAUAAACAUCCACAAGGGCUUUUAGAGAUACUUAUCACAAAUCUAAUGAGCUACACAACAACAGACAGGCAAACCUUCCUGGUGCUAUCUGAAAAAAAGAGAGUUCCUAUGAGUCAUAUAUCUGGUACGUAUUUAUUCUUUCUUGAAGUUUAAAGACAAAAAAACAUAUCAAUACUGCAACAAAUUCAUAUCAAUGUAACAUGAUAAACAAUUACGGUACUUCUUUUUUUACUAUUACUACUGUUAAAAUGAAAUCCAAUAUUCCAUAAUAUGAAUAAUAUGAAUUAAGUAAGAAAGCUGUAUUAGAAAUGAAAACGUUCUGUAUAGAGCAACAGUAUGAGUAAAGCAGUUAAAGUGUGUUAAAAGCCUGACCCAAGGCACAGGGGUCUCCAUUAAUUCCAUCACCUCCUGGCAAUAUCACCUCCUGGCCAACUUCCUGGUCGUAUAUCUUGAUAUAAAAUGAAGUUUGUACUAUGUCACUAUCAAGAUUAGGUAUUCUUUGUGUUUAUUAUAGAUUUUGCUACAUGUCCAGGUUUGCCUCUGAAUAAUGAGAAAUAUUGUACAUAAUGUACAAAUUUAAAUGUUGGAACCAAUGAGACCCAGCAUAUUUCUGUAUAUACAAUGUUUAGAGAAAAUGUUUGUACUUCAAGUGUAACAAAUGUACCUGCAUCAUCAAACUGUUGCAACAAUAAACAAAAAUGUACGGCCUGUUGUACAGGUAUAUGAGGAGA